AUAAAUUCAAACAAGUACGAUAAGAUUUAUGUGAGUUUAUUUACGUUUGGUAUUGAUUUUGUCCCGUAUUAUAAAACUUUACUGGCUACAAUAAAAAAUAAAUCAAGUUUUGGUACCACUAGCGCCAUCCGUAUAACUUAACAUGUACUUCUCACCUGUUUUGUUGCUGGUAAACAGCUUUUGAAUUUACGCACUUUGUGAACAACUUAUUUUAUCAAAAUUGUUUAAACUCUGUAUUAUACGUGAAGAAUACAGAAAUUCGCAGUUUCAUCAUUAUAACCUUAAAAAUGUGGAAUGCAGCUACAAUUAAAUCAAGUUUUGCUUCGAAAUACAUUAAAUUAAACGACGAUUGGUUGGAACAAUGCGUGGAAUGGGUGAACAGUGAAUUCCCGAAUGUUUCCCAGGAUGAAGCCAUUAAUAUCAUCUAUCAAGAGUGGUUAAUUCUUGAUAUUCGAGAUGCACCAACACCUGCAAUUUUACCUCCAAAUAUCUCUGAAGUAAUUGAAACUACACUACAUGAAACAAUCUACUUGCAAUUAUUAUAUGUAGUAGACAUUUCAAAACCGAAAUAUUUACAACUAAAAAGCAUCAGAAGUAAAUUUGAUGAUCACACUGAAGAUGAAGAGUCCUAUGGAAUGCUUAAACUGCAACUUACUGAUGGAAAACAAGAAGUAUCAGCUAUGGAAUACAAAAAGAUACCUGGUUUGAGCUUGAACUUACCACCAGGACUAAAAAUAUGUUUCAAACCACCGAUUUGCAUCAGAAGAGGCCAGAUUAUAAUGGAACCUCAGAUGGUAGAACUCCGAGGUGGUGUUAUUCCUGAAAUAGAAGUAACAAAUUGUGUAGAGAACAUCCUGGCUGCUGCAUUGAAGCAACCAUUGAAUAAUAAUCCAAAAGAUGGUUAUAUAAAUAACAAUUAUAUUCAACCAGUGCCUGAUUCUCAGGGAACAUCAGUCACAGCAACAAAUGUAACUGGAAUGACUGCCGAAACAUCUAGAAAUGUUACUCAACUGAAUGAUAACAAAUUUCAGAAUGAUUUUGAUGAUAUUAUCACUGAUGACUUCUUCAAUGAUCAUUUGGAUGCCUUAGAAACAAAUGUCGAGGAGAAAAACGCAUAUUUUCCAGAUGAUGAUGAAAUGGAUGUGAUGUUUGAAGCACAAAAAGAAGAAAUUUUGUCAUUAUCAAGUGAUACUCCAGUGAUAACAUCACCUGAAACUUCUGUAACAACCCCAAUUAAAAGACCCAUCAUGACUAUUGCCAAAUUAAAUGAGAUUAAAUCAAAAGUAACGAAAGGAAUGUUCAAAAUCAAAAUGGAAAUAAUGCAGAUUUUGGAAAAGUUGAAAGUCAGGGAUAAUUGUUAUUCGAUGAAAGUCCUAGCAGCAGAUGAUUCUGGUGAAAUUGAGGUACAAAUGGGGAAUAAAGUGAUGACUGACCUACUGGAAGUCCAACCAGAAGAGUUUCAGGAGUUGUUUUCACCUGGGAAUGCGGUAGAUGAAGUAAAACUUGGAUCUAUAAUUAAAAAGUUAGCUGAAAAAGUCAACGAUUUCAACGCCCAUGUAAUACUCUCCGUAGAAUCAAACAAAGACCCGGUUGUGACAGAAGUCGUGGAAAUGUUUUCAUCAGAGGCUGAAAUUGAGUAGAUAGAAAUUAGUUUUUGUUUUUUUCGAUAUAGUUUAUUUAAGAUUAGCUACCAAGGAUACAUAUUUAUUUAUUUACUUUUAUAUCUAAACAAAAUGUAAGCAUAUCAAUACAUUUGUCGACAUUCACGCCUCAAAUACAUUCGUUACAAUGUCA